GGAACGACGGGCAGCCUACACCGGCAUGGAGACAGAGAACGCAGACCGAAUCUGAAAGGAAGAAGAAACAGAAUCGUCUUCUCUCUCAGGAGAUGUGCUCCUCAGCUGAGUUCGGUUCCUGCGUCGCCUGGGGGCGAAAGCCAGGAGCAUGGCAGUCGGUUCUCGCGUGCGGCUCCUGCGUGGUGGUUUCAGAAGCACCCUCAUGUCAGGCACGCAUCGCGAUGCAGGGCUGGUUGAGAUGGAUGUGCGCGAUGGGCAAAUCGGGACAGCUCUUGGUGUUGCAUUGUUGGGGGCGGCCCCAAGCUAGCAUCCUGGCGGACGGAGUGCAGUCCUGACAGAAUAGUUGCGCUGACAUUCGUUGGCAGCAUACUCUUGAAUAUCUGAACGUAUGUUAGUUACGAUGCAGUGCAGUACGCCUUGUGUUCUAAGAGGGGUAUUCGAACUUGCCAUGUAGCUUCAUUGGCUGGAUUCU